CUCUCAAGGCACACAGACUGGGUCCGUUCCGUGGCAUACUCCCCUGACGGCCGGCACAUUGUGUCAGGCUCGGAUGACACGACAGUGCGAGUAUGGGAUGCGGAGACGGGCGAAGCAAUCCUGGAGCUGUAUUGCGGCUCCAUUGUUUUGGGGGUUGCUUUCUCGCCGGAUGGCCGUCACAUUGCCGCAGCGCUCAGUGAUCGGACGGUGCGGAUAUGGGAUUCCACGACAGGGGAGGCUGUUUGCGAACCUCUCCGGGGUCACGAGGGUGUAGUGUGGUGUGUUGCGUACUCUCCAGAUGGACGUCUCAUUGCAUCGGGUGAUGGGGAUGGUCGUAUUUUCAUCUGGUCCACCGAAGCACUCGGGAUGGUUUAUGAGCCUAUCCUUGGCCAUGCAUCCGACGUUCGCUGCGUUGCCUUCUCUCAGACUGGUCAAUACAUCGCGUCGGGUGCUGACGAUAAGACGGUACGGGUGUGGGACGUCGUAGAAGGACACCCUGUCAGCAAGCCCUUCGAAGGCCAUACGGCACGGAUCACUUCUGUCCUUUUCUCGCUAGAUUGCCUUCGGAUUGUCUCGGGAUCGGAGGACUCGACAAUCCGGAUCUGGGACUUCGAGAGCCAACAGACGUUGCAUACAAUAUCUCACCAGCUUUUGGGUGGUGUGUUGUCUCUCUCGAUCGCUCCCGACGGCAGGCGCAUCGUCUCUGGAUCGGGCAAUGGCAGCGUCCUCAUAUGGGAUAUAGAGACAUACGAGAUUGUCGCGGGGCCAUUUGUUGUGCACAGCAACUGGGUAUGCGCUGUUAGUUUUUCACCUGACGGUCGCCAUGUCGUAUCCGGCUCGUCCGAUAGGACAAUACGGAUAUGGUCUACAGAGAAGAGCCCAAGUGUAGAAAUUCCUGGCGAUGUCUCCUCCGGUUCAUCAGAUUCCGCCCCCACGAGCUCUGUGCGCUCGCUCGCGUACUCGCCUGACGGACGCCGAAUUUUAUCGGGCUCUGAAGAUGGCACGAUCAACGUGUGGGAUGCGGACACUGGAAAAUCCAUCGGCAGGCAUCUGAAGGGCCAUUCCCGCCGCAUAACUCGCGUCAGGGUCUCUCCGGAUGGCGGUCGCUUUGUUUCCGCCUCGGGGGAUGAGACCCUUCGUGUAUGGGACUCGACUACGCUCCAACCCAUCGGAGAGCCUCUACGUGGCCAUACGCACUGGGUACGGGACGUUGAUUACUCCCCAGAUGGCCGUAGGAUUGUCUCAAUUUCAGACGACCGCACCAUUCGCAUUUGGGAUGCCGAGACACACGACUGUCUCGUCGGGCCUUUGGACGGGUUUGCAGGUGGUGGGGUCGCGUUCGUCGCGUGGUCACCGGAUGGCAAUCGCAUCGCAUCCGGCUCGGAGGAUGGGACAGUGCGGGUGUGGGAUGCUGAGACGGGGUGCGCUGUUGGCGAGCCAUUCAGGGGCCACAAAGACUGGGUCAGGUCUGUUUCGUGGUCCAUGGACGGCCGGUAUGUACUGUCAUCCAGCGACGACGGCACAAUCAGAUCCUGGGAU